GCUUGUGGUUGUGGUCCUGACAGUCCUGGGUUCCAGCGUCGGGGCAGAGACCGUUGCUGACGUCGCGGGGGAGCAGCUGGAGCCGUCCCUCGGCAGCGUCGUGACCCUCGACCAGUCGUCCCAGGAAGACGCAGACGUCGACGCCGCGCCCCCCUCCACGACGCCGAUGGACGCUCUCGUCGAGGACACAGCGACCCUCCCCCCCCCUUCGCCGGACCGCAGACCCAAGAACGUUUCAGAAACCGUGGCCGACGCCCGCCCGCCGAGGAGGGUCGCCAUGGCCGGCCUCCCCGUGGGACUCCGCCUGCUGUUCACGUUCCUGUACUACGCUCUGCCGGCGGUCAACAUGUUCCUCCUCAACCCUUCGCUGGCGAGGACGAUCCUGCCGGUUUUCGAGUACAUGUUAGGCGAGGACGUCGGGUCGCUCUUCGGGGCCACCGGGGUGCUCCGGCUUGUGGUGUCCGUCGUCCAGGAGACGUUUGCAUAAAGUGGUGAUGACGGAGGAA